CGUCCGAGCCGCGUCCGCGCGGCGCGGGUCGAAUGCUCGCGGUCACGCGGGAGAGACGAGAGCCGCAGUCACGGGAGCAUGGCCGCUCCGGGGGGGUCUCGUAGCUCCGCGGGUCGCGACGCGGGGCUGGCAGUCGGUGGGACGGCUGGAGAGGCCGCGAGCGGCAGUGGCAUCUCGGGAGGGAGAACGGGGGAGAAACCGGGCGCGGGCUACGUACGCCUCGUUCAGCCUGACCCGGCGCAGCGCUUCUCCGGCUGUUCCUGGGUAGUGAGAGCAAAGGGAAUAGGCUCCUGCUGAGCUUCUUACUAUUACUGCCCUUAUAGCGGUGUUUGUGCUUUUACUAUGCGCCUUCCUUUUGAAGACUUCUGAGUACCGUUAGUGCUCUGUAAUACACCCAGCUUUAGAAAAAUGAAUCAUGGCUUAGCGUUGAGGUGGACUCUGGCACUUGCCAAUUGAUUCUUACCCAGGCAGCUUCUUAAAUAUUUUCAUGCUGUCUUGAUAAAAGUGUUAACUGAGUGUAUGUGAAGACAACGUACUGCUAAGAUGUAUAGAAAUUAUAAUUUAAACAACAAAAGCCGCAGACCUAACUAGUGGCUUUCUCUGGUGUCUUACUGCCUGUUUGGUUGCGUUGGUCUCCUUACGUGUAGCAGUGUCAGGGACAGAAGGACUGCUCCAGUGCUGCCUUGGUGCAGAGCAUGGAGAAUGAUGAACUUCCGCCAGAGGAUGGGCUGGAUUGGUGUGGGGUUGUAUUUGCUAGCAAGUGCUGCAGCUUUUUAUUAUGUCUUUGAAAUCAACGAGACUUACAAUAAACUAGCACUGGAGCACAUUCAGCAGCACCCCAAGGAACCACAGGAGGGAACCACAUGGACGCACUCCUUAAAAGUACGACUGCUAUCCUUGCCUUUUUGGCUGUGGACUAUAAUCUUUUUAAUACCGUAUUUACAGAUGUUCUUGUUCCUCUAUUCCUGUACAAGAGCUGACCCCAAAACUGUUGGCUAUUGCAUCAUUCCUAUCUGCUUGGCUGUUAUUUGCAAUCGUCAUCAAACAUUUGUGAAGGCCUCUAAUCAGAUCAGUAGAUUACAGCUGAUUGACACUUAACUCAAUUUCUAGUUUCUGUAGCUGUUUUGAAGCAAUUGCAUACACCUGAUCUAAUCACAGGACCGAAGUUCUGAGCGAAGGCUGGAAAGAGCCUUUUCUUUCAAACUGUUAAGCAAUGAACAGUGACUGUUUUCUAUUAAAAAAAAAAACUUAAUUCCAAAAGUUUUUAAAGUAUUGGUCUAUCAAAAUGACUUGAGUGGGGGAGUUCUAUGUGACACAUUGAUGGAAGUAUUCCUCAUUUUGCCUUAAUGAUGCAGAACUGCUACACUCCAUCUGAAACAUUCUUUGGGAAAAUAAGUUUCUGCUCUAUGACUUUACUCCUCUGUGCAAAAAAAAAAAAAACACAAAAAACUACAUCCUUCAUUUUUCUUGGAGUAAAAUCAAUGGAAAGAUAAUUAUUCUGUGAUAAGUGUAAAAGAAAAAAGAUCAGAAGAUGAUUAUAGAAGUUGCACUUAGAACAGUUUUUUGCUUUUUCUUUUUUUUUUUUUAAA